CCAAUUUGGAGUAUGUGAUGGAGGCUCUCCAGGAGCAAGCGGUAGCCACGCUAGAACCACCGCCAAUGACAUCUGCCUUUAUGACUUCUUUCCAUUCGAAACAUUACAGUCAGAUCUGGGAAAAGCUUUAUCGUAAUCCAGAACUCUAUCAGGGGCAGCAAACAAAUGACAAUAAUAACAAUCUUAUGGUGGCAAUUGAUGGAAAAAGCAUGGAAAAUGUCAACUUUAGAGAAGGUUCUGCUUUUUCAGGAAAGAGGAAACAUGGAAGCGAAUUGACUGUCUCAGAGCUGCUGAGUUUAGAUGAAGACCUGGAAGCCCCCAACAAAGACAAUUCCAUGAGAAAAGGUGGAUACUUGUCUGUCCUUUAUUUACGCCACUUGAGAAUCAGAGAAUUACAGAGAAUUUGCUUGGGAAUCCUCAACUAUUUCCGAUCCAUUGAAAGAACUUUGACCAUCAGCACCUCAGGUCUUGCCUCGUGCAGCGGACAUCUGAUCUCCACUGCAGAAGAUGCCAGCUGGGUGAAUGCAGCCAAAGGAGGCACUGGAGCCUUUGGGGGUCUCAGCUCACAUUCUUACAUGCAUUACACUCCAGCUGACUAUAAGGUCCAAAGUGUGCAGUUCAUGGAGUUUGCUGAGGUGGAGAACCAUGAUGAUUUUUACACCGUUGAAGAGGCCUACAUUCAUACGCAGGAUCAGAGAGGGGCUUUUGUCAUGUAUGAUGUGGCCCUGCAAGACCUGAAAGAGACAGAAAAGCAACUUUUGCUCGUGGCAAGUCAGUACAUUGAGGUGGAAAAAGGCCAGAAAGCAGGGCCUGAUUCCUCUAGCAACCGCUACUCAAGGCGGGCAGAAACAUCAGUGGAUCGAUCGGCAGUCUUGCUUGACCUUUGGACUUGUGAAGCAGAUUUCUUAAAAGAUAAGUGGCAGGUAUACAUAUUCACGCUUCAUUGGUCUUCUAAGAAAUCAAGGAACCCCCCCCCCCAAAAAAAACCCUGUAGAAAGUAAGAAAGAUGACUUUGAUGGUUCACCGACAAAACCGCGAAGCCCUUAUCCGCACCGACAUAAGCGUGGAGGGCAAA